AUGUCCACCUUCGACGGCGUUGUUGCCGAAUUUCCCGACAUCCGCAUUGACAGGUUCAGACAUGAUCCCAAUCGGCCAGCGCUUGCCCACUUCCUCUCACACGUCCACUCCGAUCAUCUCGUGGGGCUCGAAUCUCGCAAUGCCGUCCCUCUGCAUUGCUCGCCAGCUACCCGCGAGCUUGUGUUGCGCCUCGAGAAAUACCCAAACCGCAUGAACUUCGCCAAAGGCAUCUUGGAGUCUCGGAAGCAGACAUACAAGCAUCUCAAGACUCUGCUUCGGCCGAUUCCGCUAGAGACACCAACAGAGAUCAUGCUGAGCCCUGAAAACACCAUACGCGUCACCCUCUUCGAUGCCAAUCACUGCGUGGGUGCUGUAAUGUUCUUGAUCGAAGGCAAUGGCAAAGCAAUCCUGUACACAGGCGACAUUCGUUCUGAACCAUGGUGGGUGAAUUCAAUCUGCCGACAGCCAACUCUCCUACCCUACGUCUGCAGCGGCAACUCCAAGCCGCUGCGCCAGCUCGACAACAUAUAUCUCGAUACCACUUUUGCAUCCAAGAACGAUCGAUAUCGCCACUUUCCCUCCAAGGCCGAGGGUAUCAGGGAACUGCUCGAGAAGGUGAUGAAAUACCCUCGUGACACUGAGUUUUAUCUUGACGCAUGGACAUUCGGCUACGAAGAUGUGUGGAAAGCUCUCUCGGCAUUCUUAGGCUCUCAAAUCCAUGUUGAUGAUUACAAGUAUGCUAUCUAUCGUGGGCUGCACAGCGGUGCCGAGCCCAAAGCAGUGGACGCUUACCAAUUGAUUGGCUCGACAUGCGGCAAUCACGACCAAGCAGGAUGCCUUACAGACAGAUAUCGCCGCAUACACAGCUGCGAGAAGGGGACAGGCUGUGAGAUCUGGAAUAAAGACUUUGUUCGCAUCACUCCUGUCAUCUCAAGGUAUCAGGGAACGGAUAUGCUUGAGCCUGGUGCUGGUGGCGGUGAGGGAGAUCUCAAUCAACGGCACGAGAUCGAC